AUGCUACAACAAGAGAUCCUCUUGGCCCUAUCCGGCUACCAGUCAGACAUCUUUGAGAAGGUAAAGCGUACCGACCAGAGUGAUGAAGGGCUCAAUCAGGUCGUGUCCGAGCCCGAAAGGGCCAUGUUGAACGUUCUGGGUCAGAUCGCAGAUCUCCAUGUCGAGAUCAAGACGACAGCAGCACGCAUCGCUGGCGGGCAUCCAUCACCUAUCUGCAGAGGUGUUGCUGCUGCGAUCUCUGACACUCACCUAGUCGCUUUCCGCAAGAAGAUAAUUGCAGUCGAGGCAUCUAUUCUGCGACGAGAUGCGGCGUAUGUCGGCGCUUACGACAUAGUGCCGCUAAGCACUAUCGCGGGCGAAUUUACGCCAUGGACACGGCGACUACGGUGGCUGAGGAACAUCACUCAUUUCGCGAUGAACGCCGAGGGCAGUGAGCCAAGGACUGCGUGCUCCGGGAAAGCCAUGCUAGACUAUCUGCACUCAGAGACACGGACUGGCCAUUCAGAUCUUGAGGAGCUGGCACUGAGUCUUGAGAUUUGCGCACAGAAGAUCUCGAUGCGUUCAGUCGCUGCGUGGGUUCUGUAUGGCUCUCUUCCGACGUUUGGAGCGAGCGACUUCAUGCUUCAGCGAAAAGCCUCUGCCACCUAUGGCACGGCCGAAGCUACUGUUGACUAUGCGCUGGUUCCAGGCUUCGUUACUAGACAGACCGCUGAGACGAUCCUCGCCAUCGGUAACGCCCUCAAUCAGAUCCAGGCUCAGCUCAAGACCACUGCAGGCGCAGCGCUAAGCAACGUUAUCAAGCCGAGCAGCUUGUUGCCCAAGCACUUGAAGCUCCUGGAGUCGUUGCAGUAUCCUUUGAGCACCUGGCUUGUGCAGCAAGCUAUGAACGAGAUCGAGAUCUCAAUUUCACAAAACGCGUUAGCUGCCAUCUUGCCAGUCAACCAGGUUGCAGAUUUCCUUGAGGUCAUUCGCCGAUAUAGUCUGCUCUCAGAAGGCGAAUUUGCUACUGGGCUCAUCGAGCAGGCCGCAAGCAAGCUAGCCUCGCGGCAGAGCAAACAUGCCAGCAAGCCAGUCAGAAAGAUGGGCCGGGUGGACGACCUCACCAUCAAGGACGCAGAGCUGAGUAGCGUGCUUACCAAAACAUGGGACGAGCUUGCUGCAGUCCAGUCCAGCGACAUAGGAGACAACAAAAUCUCCAAGCUCGCGCGCACCUUGCUCGUCCUACGUGGCAUCAAUGUCUCAUCAACAGGAAGUGAGACAUCACUAUCAACGCUCAUGCCGACUGCGACAGCUCUGUCGAUAGAUCUUCCUACCGAUUCUAACUUGCGCCUGUUCCUCCAAGCGCAGGACAUCGCCACUUAUUCCAGAAUCACGUCUUUCCUCUUGUCCAUCCGACGAGCUGAGCUACAGCUCGCCCAGUUGUGGAAGUUGACCUCGCAACGCAGAUGCCAUCCAACGCCGAUCGGACCACCCAUCAGUGCCACACCUUAUGGCCAACAAGCGCUGACCACACGCCGCACACGCGAGAACCACAGGUCCAAAAUCAUGCGACAGCACUGGGCUUCAACAAGCAAGACCCUGUUCGUGUUCAACGAAUUGGACGCGUACAUACACGGCGAAGUAAUACAUCACAGCUGGGCGGCCUUCCAGGACUGGCUAGGUACUGGCGUCAACGGAUCUCGGCCUGCCUCGUCACGCUCACAAGGCUCAAGACCCGGGACGGGUUCAUCUACGACAGAUGCUCUGCGCUCUUCGGGAAGGCCACGGCAAAUGAAUGAUCCCAGAACAUUGGCAAGCGGCCAUCGAGCGUUCCUCGACGCGCUUCACGCUGGGUUACUGCUUGCUAAUUCGCCUCUCCUGACUGUAUUAAAGGAGAUCCUGAACACAAUCGAUCAUUACGUUGCCCUUUUCUCCCAGCUCUCCAGCAUCUGGCAAGGCCUGGACUUGCAAGAGGAUGAGGGAGUAGUCGACGCAUUCACCAACUAUAAGGAAGACGAGAGGAAUGUUCUUGCGGAGAUGACCCGCUGUAGGACUUCGUUGGAAGAGAUGAUCGUCGGGUUGGUGGAGAAGUUGAAAGCUGCGGAGCAUGACCGGACGGCGAGUGAUCUUCAGACUGGGUUUGAGGCGCUCGACAUGGCAUCGUCGCACGCCUUUGUGCCAUGGAAAGUGAGGACACUCGAUCGGUUGAUCAUGAAGCUAGAUUAUCUUACGGGUGCAAAUGGGCAGCAAGAUGAUGGGGAGGGAAUCAUGCUUGAUGAUAAUGAAGAUUGA